AUGGACGACUCGGCACAACCGAAGACAGACUCAGCCCAGAAUUCUACCAGCGGUGAGGCAUCCACUGCUGCACAUACUCAGCCUGCAAACCCCCACGAAGCAACCUCUUCUCAAAGCAAACCAAGCACUGACACGCUGGAUAUCUACGCAUUGAAGCCAAUCAAGCCAUCGUCUUCUGGUGUCGAGGUUAAGCGCGCCCGCGUACGCUCGGCUCUAGUGUCGGAUCGCGUGAAGCAGUCGCGAAUGCCCGACCUGUCGUUCUUCCCCUCCGCUGUUGUGCAAAUCUGCCAACGUCUGGCAAACUACCGCGGGCGGUCCGUGAUUCUUGACGAGAACGACUACGACUCGUUCGUGGAGACGCACGAGCAGUUCCGUCAUGACUGGGAAAUGCUCGACAAGGCAUACUCGAUCGAGAUGAUCAAGACGGAGGGUCUGCACCUGCAACUUGAAGGCUUGCUCUUCGUGCGGGACGCCAUGGCGAGCAUCCAGAAGAUCCUGCACAGCCUACAGACGUCCGUCGACCGCUUUGACCUGAAGCCUCACACGUCGCAGAACACCACCCUUACACAAUAA